UGUGAUUUUUACAUGACCAUGAAUUGAUUUGGUCCUUUUGCCUUGUCUACAGGAUGGUAAGAAAGUGGACGCGUGUGUGUGCUCGUAUACUCGGGGCAAGCACGCGUCCAUCGAGCCUGGUUGCACCUUCCUAAGAAUGACGGUCCAUGAGGGCAAGAGCAAUGGUGACAGCAACAAUGUGCAACAACGAUCCUUCCUAUUCCAUCUUGCUCCGAAAAGCUGUCUGCCUGCCAUGGCGAUGGCUUCGGCGACCUCAAUUCCACCCACCUUACCAUGUCUGCUCUGGGUCUUUCUCUCCCACAGACACAGCCCUCAUUAGUACCCUAUCUUUCAGAACUUGGUGGAGAUUGCUACGGGGAACUGUGUCUAUAAUGCGCCCUGCGUUAGGUUCACCUAUGGGGAGCAUCUCUAAAGAGAAGAUGGAGCUUUGAAGAGACCAUAACGGAAAAGACGAGGACAAAGGCCAUCCCGUCAAACACCAUCGUAGCGGGUGCGACUACCAUGGGCCAGAUCCAUUCACCACCAGGGCAAUGGUGAUGAAUUGAUAUGCCAUCUCACAUGUCACGCUACACUACAUAGACGCACGUGCAUGUGUGUUGUGAUCUUCACAGCCUCCUUCGCGUACCCUGCCUGUGAUGUUGGUUUCCUGUUCAGAUCGAGUUGGAGAUCACACACUCGCAUCUCAAACCAAAUUCUCGCGCUCGUCUUAUCCCCAGACAUACUACAACCAAAGUCCUCCUCCGAAUUGACAGAAUGUCGGACAACCGUGAGCAUCAUAACAACCAGACCCGCGCUAGCGCUGGGAUGGGUUAUGUUCUCAGAAGUCUACUCUUGCCGGCCGCGGUUCCUUCUGACAACAGCCCUUCUCAACCACAGCAGCCCUUCGUUGACUCUACUGGUUUUCUGCGAUGUCCACUGCCAGUGCUUCCGCCAGAGGAAACUGACUUUCCGGUGCUUUCUACCACCUCCAAGCGAGAUGGUCAUGGUCGCAUCAUCUCUGAAAAGGCCAACACCUCAUCCAACGUGUUCCAUCGCCAGGAACCUCCUCCCCCUUGCUCUGAAUCCCUGGUGGUAGAAAACGUUUCUGACACCUCAGAUCAGGAAUCUGAGACCAACCCAACGAAGAAGCGCAAGUUCAGCAACCAGGCUAUGGUCGACAAAUAUCGACGAGACAUGGCAAUCAUUCGGCAGGAAAUGGCGACGGAUGAAGAUGCGGAUAUGACCGAGCAGACCGAGGCAGUCAAGGAAACACCAAUGGCGGAAUCCGAUACGGAGUCUGAGCCACAUCGCGAACUCCCUCGCUCGUAGGCAGAGGCAGACGAGGCAGAUCCGAGCAGGGUCUAGAAGAACGGGUCGAACCGCCAAACUGUCAGCUCUCAUCACGAGGCGAUGACAAGGAUGAGGGAGAUGGCGAGGACAACGAGGAUAGCACCGAUGAUGACGAUGAUGGAGACGAUGAUGCAGAAGAAGAAUAGACAUGCCUCUGACUGAGGCAUUAGCAUUGGUCGCAGGGACUCAUCAAAGCCAAAAUGACUCAUUUCGACCUCUCCACAUUGGUGGACAGCAAGCUCUAGAGAUGCUAGCUAAUAAUAAGACAUCC